AUGACCAGCAGCAAUAGUGUCUAUUUCCUCAGUCAACUGCUUUGCGGCUUCGGGCAUAUCAGGGUCGUCGAGGUCGAGAGGUCCAAUCUCAAAUCCAACCGGAUCAAGCUUACCCAAGCCAUAUUGGAAGCGACACGAACAGCAUUCCUAAGGAGGGAUGAGAAAGCACAGGUCUAUAUCACUCGGGCAGAAUGGGACGCCCUGGAAGAGAGAGCAGAUGUAACGGAACUACGACGCAAGCUUGACCAGAUACCCAAAAAGGCAUCGACGGAAGCGAAGAGUCUGUCUGGCAAGAUUAGGACCAUAAAAUUGGCAGCUGAAGGUUCCAUCCUCAAGUCUACCCGCCGAGAGUAUUUCGAUGACGCAAGAAAGCUACGAGAAAAGGGGCUCCCGACAGAUCACCUUGUCACUCAGACCCUCAGCCCUCACAGGUCAUGGCUUCGGGCCUCAUGUGAUGUGGCCUCCACAGUUGGUGCUCAGCUCAUUGCCAACCCUGAAGACCCUGGCAUCUCUGACAUCAUGCUCGCAUAUCUGCAAAAGCGUUUGGGCCAUUGUACCAAGGGCGAGGAUCCUGAUGAUAGUGAGGAUGAGGAGAAAUUCAAUGAAUCGGACGAACCGGAGAAGGACAAGCAGUUGAAGAAGGACAAACCGAGAUGCCUACUAGGGUGUGAAGACUUCACCACGAAAUACAGGCUCACAGAACAUGUGAAGCAGCAGCACGCGGACUCAUUCACCCAGGAGUUCCCAUGUCCAGAAUGCAAGAGGUUUGGGAGCAAGGUUCAAGUCCCCCCUGGCUUGGAAGCUUGGUGCAGUCAUAUUGCACGAUAUCACAGUAGCAUACAUACACCCUCAACGACCAAUGGAGCAUCGACCUGCUUUCUAUGCGGCAAAUGCGGCCUGACUGAAAGGGGACCUACGCCACACACGCCAUCGAGGCACAAGCGAGCUGGCCAUUUCGACCAACCCUUCGCCUGUCCUGAGUGUAAGCGACUUCAAGGGGUCAAUCACAUGGUAUCAGGAAUGGUAGAAUGGGAGGACCAUGUCACCGAGAUACACCUGGGGGUGAGAACAAAGAAAAGGCAUCUUCCGGGGGUUGUCACUCCAAGUCCAAAGAGGUUUAAGGUAGAUUCAGAGGACGAAGAAAGCUUCAGGGAUGUAACCAGUGUAGAGGCCAGUCCGGACCCUCAUGCCGAGGAGGAGUUUUGGGUUACAGGGAGAGACUCUGACUAUGAUUAA